UACUGGGCCAGUGGAUAAUUUUAGCCGCAGCAACGAACACGCAGCUUGGCGACACCUCUCUCCGCUCUCCGGCCGCCGCAAAGCGCACACCACGACCGCACGCCGCACGAUGCUCCUCCUGCACGCCGCCGCAGCAGCCCGCGUUUCCUCCCCGGCGCCGCCCAAAUCCACCGGCCGAACGGCGCCUCUCUUCUUCCCCCCUUUUUCCCCCAGCGUCCACCCCCGCGGCUGCCCUACAAUCUCCCUGCCCAGACCCGCCACUCUCAGGGCCGCCGGCGGGGGCGGCGCUCGGGGAGCGUCCUCGCGACCCGCGAGGGACCGGGUGAUCGACUUCGGCAAGCACAAGGGGCGGAUGCUGGGCACGCUCCCGCCGGCGUACCUCCGGUGGGUCGUCGCGGAGCUCGACUACGGGGAGACCGCGCCCUGGGCGGCGCUCGCGCGGGAGGUGCUCGGCGACCCCGUCUACGUCGACCGCGUCGAGUGGGAGCACGCGCACCGCUUCCUCCGCGGCGACUCCGACUGGGACUACGCCUACGACGACGGCGAGGGCGAGGGCGAGGACGGGCCCCUGCAGGAGAUGGCGGAGCGCUUCGGCUGGGACCUCUCCGACGAGGACGGCUGGGGCCGCCUCGACUUCCGCCUCCUCGGCACCUCCUACGGCGGCCGCAUCCCGCGGAAGGGCGACCGGAGCCGGAGCAGCGGCGGCGGCAGCUCCCCCACUCGCGGCGAUCUGUUCGAGGUCGGGGCGGGUGAGACGGAUGGGCCGAGGGGGAAGAGGGACGAGAGGAGGGAGCGGAUGCGGGAGAGGAGGGAGGAGCAGAUGAGGGCGGCCAAAUUGGAUGUGCUCGGGGUGAACCCCGGUGGUCUGGGCACGCCGCCAAGGAAGGCGCGAAUUGGGGCGGCGGCCAAGAAGGAGAUUCUGGGGUUGGGCAGCAGGGGCAGCCGCGGCGGUGACGCGCUCGGCGAGCGGACGGUGGUGCCGCGGAAAGGCGGCGAGGGAGGAAACCCGUUCCCCGGCCGGCAAGCGUUCCUCGACAAGGUCAGGAAGCUCAAGGGUGAUGAUAGCUAACUAUUACUAGCAGUCAGCAGGUGAUUUCAGGAUAGAGGAUACUGGUACGGUAUCAGUGGUAUGAUGAUACCAGUUCUAGCAAGUUCCGGUGCAUAUUUCCAGUGCAAGAUUGCGACCAACUGACCCAUGAAACUUAUAUAGCAUUGUGCAUUUCUUUGCCCGUGCAUAACAUCGGCAGCACCUCUCCUCUUUCUGUGGUCACUGUUUGAAUUUUCAAAUUUAUGUAUACUGAAAACAGAAUUAGUCGAGCUACAUCUCACUUGCUCUGCAAACUAUUUUGCCAUGUCAUGAAAUUUUAUCAUGGAAGAAAAAUGCCAAAGUGAGAUUUAAACA